CCCCAGUUGUUGUGUGGUCCUGAAAUGCACAUAAAGACCUGCUGUUUGGAACCGCGUACCUGCAUCGCGACUCCUGAUUGCAUCGCUACAGUUGUAUUUGUGUUGAGAAAAUAAAAAAAAGUUCUUCCAAACAAAUUCCUUAAAACGUAAUAACAGACAUUUAGUAAACUUCUAAAAUAAAUGCUUUAGAUUUGAACGUUUACCAUUUUUAAUUUUAGAAAUGAAUGUAUUCUUUUCAGUGGUGGAGGGGAGCACCCAAUACCACAUGAGUGCUAUGUGAUCUCUUUUAAAUAUUUAAUAUAUUUUUCAUUUAGUCUUAACCAUCAUUUUUGUUAAGUUUACUUCUAAAUUAUACAUUAGGUGGCAGCAACAAACAGUGACUGGUUUAAACAGCCAGCCACUACAUCAAAUGUUUGCUGAUUUGCCGGGGAGCGAGAGACCUGUGUCAACGGUAUGUUGGUUCUGUAAGAGCGCCCGUUUCCGGGAGGACAAACAUAAGUGUAACACCACAGGUUUAUAGAAGCGGGGGGCUUUAGGCUGUGCUUUGCUACUAUGAUUGCAAUUAAAGGAGAGCAAAAAUAAUAUUGGAUUGGUUUGUUCUCAUUAGCAUGGACAGUUUGUGAGGUUUAAGUUGCUAAUCGGAGUUAUUAACAUGAACCUGGAGAGAUUGCGGAAACGCGUCCGGCAGUAUAUCGAUCAGCAACAAUAUCAGAGUGCCCUAUUUUGGGCAGACAAAGUUGCAUCGCUGUCUCAUGAGGAUCCUCAAGAUGUUUACUGGCUUGCGCAGUGCCUUUAUCUCACAUCACAGUAUCAUAGCGCUUCACAUGCUCUUCGCUCACGAAAGCUAGAUAAGUUCCAUUUAGCUUGUCAGUAUCUUGCUGCAAGGUGUCAUUAUGCUGCGAAAGAGUACCAGCAAGCUCUUGAUAUCCUGGACAUGGAAGAACCUAUUAAUAAAAGGCUACUGGACAAGAGCACAAAGGAAGACAAUGGUAUCAAAGAUUAUGCUAAAGACUGGGGAAUGUCUACCUCUUCAAUCAAGAGCUCAAUUUGCCUUUUACGGGGGAAGAUCUAUGAUGCCAUGGAUAACAGACCCCUGGCAACCAGCAGCUUCAAAGAGGCUUUGAAACUAGACGUUUACUGCUUUGAAGCAUUCGACCUUUUAACAUCGCAUCACAUGUUGACUGCCCAAGAAGAAAAAGAAUUUCUUGAUUCCCUACCUCUAAGCCAACAGUGUACAGAAGAAGAAGAAGACCUGGUCCAUUUUCUAUUUGAAAAUAAAUUGAAAAAGUAUAACAAACCCAGUGAAACCGUGGUUACUGACACAAUUGAUGGUCUUCAGGAAAACUUGGAUGUUGUUGUGUCUUUAGCAGAGAGACAUUAUUAUAACUGUGAUUUUAAAAUGUGCUACAAACUCACAUCGACGGUAAUGGAAAAAGAUCCUUUUCAUGCAAAUUGUCUACCUGUGCAUAUAGGAACACUGGUAGAACUCAGCAAAGCAAAUGAACUGUUUUAUCUUUCACAUAAAUUGGUGGAUUUGUACCCAAAUAGCCCAGUGUCCUGGUUCGCAGUAGGGUGUUAUUACCUUAUGGUCGGUCACAAAAAUGAACAUGCAAGGAGAUAUCUCAGCAAAGCCACCACUCUAGAGAGGACCUAUGGACCUGCAUGGAUUGCUUAUGGCCACUCAUUUGCAGUGGAAAGUGAACAUGACCAGGCCAUGGCAGCCUACUUCACAGCUGCACAGCUAAUGAAAGGAUGUCAUCUUCCAAUGUUAUACAUUGGUCUUGAAUAUGGUUUGACAAAUAACUCUAAGCUGGCGGAGAGGUUUUUUAGCCAGGCGCUCAGUAUUGCCCCUGAGGAUCCUUUUGUCAUGCAUGAAGUUGGAGUGGUGGCUUUCCAGAACGGAGAUUGGAAGACGGCAGAGAAAUGGUUUCUUGAUGCGAUGGAGAAAAUAAAAGCUAUUGGAAGUGAGGUGACUGUUGAUAAAUGGGAGCCUCUGUUAAAUAACCUUGGUCAUGUAUGUCGGAAACUUAAGAAAUAUGAGCAAGCGCUGGAGUACCACCGACAGGCCCUUGUGCUGAUUCCCCAGCAUGCUUCCACGUAUUCUGCUAUUGGAUAUGUCUACAGUCUUAUGGGCGACUUUGAGAAUGCUAUUGACUAUUUCCACACAGCCCUUGGUCUCAGAAGAGAUGAUACAUUUUCUGUAACAAUGCUAGGACACUGUAUUGAAAUGUACAUUGGAGAUGCAGAUGCAUAUAUAGGAACAGACAUCAAGGACAAGUUACGAAACACUUCGAGUACUCCAGCACUAAUGAAAAUGCUGACAAACCCAGUGGAUGCCAGUGAGCUCAGAACACAGCCACUGGAGGAGAGUGGCGUCAUGGCCUUGGAGACUUCUCCAAAUCCAGAGAAACCGAUAGAAGCUGCUCCCAGAUUUAAUGAAACCUUAGAGUUCGAGAUGUAUGAAAGUGACAUGAUGUUAGAGACGUCUAUAUCUGACACCAGCACGUGAUGGGCCCAAUUCACAGUGCCUUUCUUGACUUCUGGAUUAUUGUUGAACUGUCUACACAUUAAGAUUAAGCAUCUAAACUUGAUCUUGUGCAUCUCUGGUUGUACAAGUAAUUUGUUAAUUGCUUUAUUGUGUAUUUUGUGGUUAAACACAAUCUACAAGGAAGAAUAGCACAGCAGCCAGGAAAAAAAUCUGUUCAUGAGCAAACCAACAUUUUUGCAUAAUUCAAUAAAUAAAACCUGCUUAAUUCCACUUUUUAAAAAA